AUAAAUAUAAUUAGGACUCUCAUAUGUUGGCUAAUAAAGGGAUUAGGAUGGCAUUGAAAGGAAAGUUAGAAGAUAAAUUGGCAUGCGAUAGGAUUUAUUAUGUAUUAAUUUGAGUUUCAGUGGGAAACAGAAACACUAGCGAGUUCUAGGGGUUAUUUAGAUUUUUUUUUCCCAAACUUUUAUGAAGCGUCGUUUAUUAGCUUUGACAAAAUUUCCAAACGGCAUGUUUGGUUGGAGGGAGUUUUUAGGAAUGAUUGGGAGUUUAGAGGGAUGAGGCUAUUAAGUGUCAGGUAAUUGGAAGGGAUUUCCUCCUUUACUUUUUCUAAGCAAAUCUCAAUCAUCCGUUUUUAUUAAUGACCUAAUCUCUAACUAAACUCCCUAUCAAUUUACAUCAUCUCUACCAAACAAGAUAUUGGGAUUAAAAAUCAAAUUCUCAUCUUAAUCUCAUCAUCAAUUCCCUCGUGUAAACUCCUAAUCCCCUUCCCUCGAGUUACCAAACAAGCCGAAAACUUAUUCGAUGCGUGGCGGUCUGAUCUGUAUCGCACGUCACGGAUUUCAGCCACAAAAGAAGUCCAAUACGACAGCAGCAUUCUCUGCCUCGUCUACACUUUCUCUUCUUCAGAAGAACAGAAAAAAGAAAUAACAAAUUAAUUAAAAAGAAACCCUCAAAAUCCCCUCGCCGUUGCCUCCCUCCUCUCCUCCCGCUGGCGACGGGAUACACCGUGGUCACCUCUCGCCGACCACCAUCCACCGCCGCGCGCCAUGACCGCCUCCUCGCUCGCCGCCGCCGCCUCCGACGGGGCCUCCUCAAGCUCAGGGUCCGCCUCCGCCAUCGUCGCCGGCACGGUGAACGGCCACCACGUGCUCAAGAUCGUCGGGUACUCCUUCACCAAGGCCGUCCCCAGUGGCAAGAGCAUCAGGUCUCGGCCGUUCCGCGCAGGAGGCCACACCUGGCACGUGCUGUACUACCCCAAUGGGAAUCGAGCCGAGAAAGCCGAUUUCGUGGCCUUCUACCUCUGCCUCGAUGACGCCGAGGCCUGCAGCGAGGCCGUGGAGGCGAAGGCCAUCUUCAGUUUACUCGACAUGGAGGGGAAUCCGGUAUCGUCCUACAGAUUCACCACCAGGGUGGUCAACUUCAUGGAGCAUAAGAAGGGUUGGGGUUUUGAUUUCAUGAAAAGGGAAUCUUUGGAGGAAUCAGAGUAUCUCAAGGAUGAUUGUUUCAAGAUCCGGAUUGACGUCGUCGUCAUUACAGAUUUCCACACGGAGGAGGAGACGCCGCUCAUCGUGGCGCCGCCGUCAGACAUGCGCCGGCAAUUCGGUGAUCUUCUGCUGAGCAAACAAGGCGCGGAUGUCAAGUUCCAGGUGGGCAAGAAGAAGUUCGACGCGCACCGAUCGGUGCUCGCGGCGCGCUCUCCGGUCUUCAAGGCGCAGCUCUAUGGCAGGAUGAGGGAGAGUACCACCAGAGGUGCCAUAAGAAUCGAUGACAUGGAGGAAGAAGUGUUCAGGGCUAUGCUAACCUUUGUUUACACGGACGAUUUGCCUGAGAUGAAGCAGCAAGACGAAGCUGCAAUGGCUCAGCAUUUGCUUGUAGCGGCUGACAGGUACAAUCUGGAGAGGAUGAAGCUGAUUUGUGAACAUAAUUUGUCUAAGCACAUUGACACGGACUCCGUGGUGAACAUUUUGGUACUAGCUGAGCAGCACAGCUGCCACAUGCUUAAGGAAGCAUGCUUGAAGUUCCUCAGGUCGUCAAGAUCUCUGAAGGCCGUCAUGGAAACUAAUGGGUUUGGGCACUUAAUCAGUAGCUGCCCAGGUCUUAUUAAGGAUAUAAUGUCCAAGCUUUCUCCUUGUUAACUUGGGAGAAUCAAAUCAAGGGCAUAUAUAGGGAUGAGUCUUCAGUCAUGGCAAUUGCAUUUGUCUAUAAGUUAAACUUAGUGCCCCGCUAUUAUCAAAUUUAAUAGCACUAGAUAUAUUUAAUCUUAUACUUCGGUCGAUGCAAUGUAUUAGUACACUUACAAAUUAUAGGCAUUUAAGUUCACUGGAAUGUCUGUCGAGCUUCUUCACUGUUCACAGAAUUCCUCUUAGAAUGGAAAACCUUAUUCAGCUGUUCUGUUUGUACGUAUCUCUUCCAUGUGGAGAUUCUGAGCGCUUAGCAGGUUCAGAUAAAUCUUGUCUUUGAAUGCUGGAUUUGGAAGUUGUGUUUUAUCCAUUGGCGUAGAAUGUUUUAUUUACAAGCUGUGGAAAGCCUUGAUGGUGUCUAUGGGUUUCUUGUUUUUGAAUUUAGUAGACUAAUGUAACAAAUGGUCCUUGAUUGGUUGCCCAUGCCACCAGCCAAGGCUCUGAGGCCUUGUUAACAAAUGGUAUUGUAUUUAUUUUUUUUCAUGGAA